ACAAUAUAAACAUACCAAGGAAGAUAUAGCCUUUAUGUAGGACAAUUCGAACCUUUCUUUUAGCACGGAGACUCUACGAGGACAGAGAUAAUGACGGACUCACAUCGACUGAAACACCCAGGAAUACUAAACAAAUAUCAGUGAUUUUAAAUGUUUAUAGUCCUCAUGGUCAAAGGUCGACAUGGAAAAUAUCUUUUAAUGUUUAAUGGCUAUACAUACUACCAGCAUAAGACGUUGAGAGAUGGAUAUCGUUGGAGCUGCACACAAAUGGGUUCCAGAUCAUGUAGAGCAUUCCUCCAUGUUACCAAAGAGAAGUUGGUGAUACGUGCCCAUACAGACCACACACAUCCACCGUCAACUUACUCCUUUGAAAGUACCAAGACAAGGGACAAUGAAAGAAAAAAUUGUACGAAACGAAAUUUAGACCUAUCAUUCAAGAUAGAAAAUAUUCAAGGGCACGUAGGAUUUUAGAAAAUGAAAAUGUGUGAAUUAGAUGAAAAUGCCAUUUACUUAAUCCAUAUAAUAGAAAGUAUUAGGGAAUCUGAGAUUAAGGUUUAUUAUAUAAAUGUAAUGAAAAAAUAUCAGGAAACGCAUCAAAUAUACAACAAACGGAACCCAUUUAAUUGAUUGAAAGACACAAAGAUGUUUUGAUGUUUAAUGAAUCCGACAACAGAUGUUUGAAUCUCAAAGAAAUAGACAUAAAUCAGUAUAAAGCUUAGGUCAAUUAGCCUUAAAGUUAACUAAUGGAUUACACAUUCAAAUUAAAGACUGAUUUUUACUGACUGACAAUCAGAAAAUCAAUUAACACAAUACACAACUGCUUAGAAAAUCAUGCCUUAAUUUAUACAAAGCCUUGUAACUAAUAAAAAAAUGUAACUAA